AUGUUUCUGUUUAGCACUCACACUCGUAUUCAGUUUCGGCUUCCUGAUGGAAGCGUACUGGUCGAAAAUUUUCCCAUAAAUGACCCUUUGAGAAGUGCUCAUUCAUUCGUUGCCGAAAAUUUUCAUGCUUUGAGUUCGUUCAUACUGAUGAAAAUUUUUCCGAGACAUGAAUACACCCCCGAAGAAUUGGAUAAAAGCUUUUCAAGUUUGGACUUGGUUCCUUCUGCUGUUCUUUUGGUUCUUCCGGUAAGAAAUUUCAUGUUUUUUAAAUGCUGCUUUUUAAAUGUUGAAGCCUUUAAAUUCCAUAGCAGAGAAUUAUGUACAUUUGAGGAUAAAUCGUCCUAUAGCGGCAGCACGUCAUCUGAAACCCAGUCUCGGACUUUCGGAAGAAUCACGGACCUGAGGAAUGACAGUGACGAUGCAGAAGGAACCUGGAAUGGGAAUUCUACGCAACAGUUGUAA